AUAAGGAGAUCAAAGACGUGGAACUUGUAGUUCUUCUGCUGGCUUCUGCCGAGAAGGUUAGCAACAAACAAUUUGAUCAGGCAGGCAGAGUCCUCGAAAUGUGUGAUUUCUCGAGUUCAAAUAAUGGAAGUUCAGUUCAGAGCAUGGUACACUAUUACACUAAAGCUCUUCAUCAGAAGAUUGAUCGAGAAACCGGAGCUAACACAUCAAAGAUAAGGAAAAGCGAAAAAACAGAGCUGUUACCAUCAAAUGAGAAUCCAUUUUGUUUGAAACCCACUUCAACAAAAUGUUACGAAAUGCUCCCAAUUGCUCAAGUUAGUGUGUUUGCAGGAAUUCAAGCAAUUGUAGAACAUGUGGCCUCUGCAAGAAAGGUUCAUUGCAUUGACCUUGCAAUUAGAAAGGAGGGCCAAUGAACAGCCUUAAUGCAAGCUCUUUCCAUUCGGAAAGUUCCAUUGGAGCUUCUUAAAGUGACUGCCGUAGGGACAAUAGAGGAAAAGAAAAUUG